GAAAAAAGUGUUGGUUGCUGUCUUCAUAGUAGGUUUAUAGCUGGCUGGUGUUCACAGUCAACGGUUAAGUGGAAAUAACUUUUGAAGAUAUCAGGGUUCAUUCUGAAAGUGCAGUGAUGCAGACAAUUAAAUGUGUAGUAGUUGGUGAUGGUGCUGUGGGUAAAACCUGCCUUUUGAUUUCAUACACCACAAACAAGUUUCCUUCGGAAUAUGUACCUACAGUGUUUGAUAACUAUGCUGUAACUGUAAUGAUUGGUGGCGAACCUUACACUCUUGGAUUAUUUGACACUGCAGGUCAGGAAGAUUAUGACCGCUUGCGGCCCUUGAGCUAUCCCCAAACUGAUGUAUUCUUAGUUUGUUUCUCUGUAGUUUCACCCUCAUCUUUUGAAAAUGUCAAAGAAAAGUGGGUGCCUGAGAUUACCCACCACUGUCCAAAGACUCCAUUCCUGUUGGUCGGAACUCAGAUUGACCUAAGAGAUGAUCCCUUGACUACUGAAAAGCUUGCCAAGAACAAGCAGAAACCUAUCACUCCAGAGACAGCAGAGAAACUGGCCAGGGACUUAAAAGCAGUGAAAUAUGUGGAAUGUUCGGCCUUAACACAGAAAGGGCUGAAGAAUGUUUUUGAUGAAGCCAUUCUAGCUGCCCUGGAGCCACCGGAGCCUAAGAAAAAGCGUAAAUGUGUUCUUUUAUGAGUUCAGCCUUUAAAGAAGACCUUUCAGGCAAAAAUCAGCAUAUGAUGUAUGACUAUUUUCAGUAAAGAAAAGAAUCAGCUUUGGUUAUGUUUUACACCUUAAUCAGAACUAUUGCAAAAAAGGACUAUUGUAAUUUUUGUUCCCCCCCCCCCCCAUUUUUGCCUUAUAAUGGUAUGCAAUCUGACUUAGGUAAAGUGAAUAGGAAAAAAGUACAGUGAGUACAUAACACUGCUUUACAUUAAGAUUGCUUAAGGUGUCAUGUUUUGUGUUUGCCUCGUCACAUGGAAGUGACAUAAUGCAAGGCAUUCUAACAGUUGAAUGAAUCCUUUUAUAUGUAGUUCUUUAUUUAUGGUCAGUAUUCCUAAAGUAUUCAGAUUACAUCAUUGAAUAUAUUACUAAAUAUUAUAUUGAAUUAUUGGAACAUUUUCAUGCAUUUGAGUAGCAACAAUAAUUGUGAUAUUUUGUAAAAAUACCUUUGUUUAUUAGUGACAGGUAAACUUUCCAAGGUCUCCACAAAACUUUGGAAAUAUUCAGUGUUACUAUAUCUGAUAAGAUUUGUAUAGGUUAGUUAAUGUAUCAGAAGAUGUUUUAAUAUCAUGUUUUUUUUCUUUUCAAUGACUGGUAACCAACAUUCAAAAGCUAUAAUUGUGACCUUACUGUAAUGUGCUUUCUACAACUGACACCCAAGUACAGUAAAACCAUAAGCAACUGGUGAUACAAAAGAAGAACAGAAUGACUUCCUUUAUCUAAAAUCAAGCCAUUAGGGAUUUUUUUUUCCUUCCAGUUGUAUUUUUUUCAACAUUCUUGUAAAUCAGCAACAACCCAGAAUUUAAAAAUUCUACUUUAUAAUACUACUGGCACACUUUUUUUCCUCUCCCUUUAACUCUGGAUUUGAGAAAACACUAUUAAAAAAUAACCUGAUUGCAGCUACAUGUGAAAUUGUCUUAGCGUAAAUUUUAUACCAUAUCUGAAAAUCAUAGUAAUUGUGGUCUUGUUAAAUUUUGUAUGGUCCCAUUCAUGAUCAGGUUAUAAUGACUUUUAAAUAUCAUGCAUUUUAUCAGGCACACUUUUAGCUUUCUGUUUAUUCAGUUAAGUCAGCCUUGAACUUUAUCCAGAAUAA